AGGUCAAUAUUUUUGUAUGUGAAGUAAUUUUGUACGUGUAGGACGUGGAUCGAUCCCAGUGUCUUUUUAAUUUAAAUUAAAUAAUUACAAUGUUUACUCUAAUUUAUUUGUAGAAAUAAAAAAUGGUAGAUUCCUUAGAAGUCGGUGACGGUGCGCCGGAACCGCAAAAUGUACCAAUCGUCGAUUUUACAGCAUUCGCGAAUUAUCUUCGCAAGGCGGCGACUCUUCUCUUACCUGAAGAUGAUGCACACAUGGAACCACCUGCGCUCAAUGCUGCACUCGAAGAUAAGAAUAAUCAAGAAUACAUUCGGAAAUUCCUGAGUGACCCUCAAGUUUCCAUUCUCUACGUGCAGAGAAGUUCCUCUAAAGAAGAUGAAAAUGACCAACCACCCGAAGGCGAAGAGGAAAAGGAGCCUAUCGCGUAUCACAUUAGCAACGAGGUGCAUUACACAAAUGGUCGAAUGGCCAGCUUAGUGAUAUUGAAGAAGGCCGCCGUCCUCGAGGCGGAUAAAAGUAUUCGUGCACAAGUUAGAAUAAUCAAUUUCAGUGAUGGAUCUCCGUAUGAAACUCUUCAUGCUUAUAUAAGUAAAUCUGUAGCUCCGUAUUUUAAAUCGUAUGUCAAAGAAUCUGGACGAGCUGAUAGGGAUGGUGACAAGAUGGCCCCCACUGUUGAAAAGACAAUUGCAGAACUAGAAAUGGGUCUACUACACCUACAACAGAAUAUCGACAUCCCCGAGAUAACCCUGCCGGUCCAUCCAACUGUGGCGAGUGUGAUCAAACGUUGUGCGGAUGAAUCGCGGAAAUCGAAAGUGGCCGACUUUGGAGACAAGGUGGACGAUUCCACAUUUCUCAACCAACUUCAGAACGGCGUCAACAGAUGGAUUAAAGAGAUUCAAAAAGUGACGAAACUAGAUCGAGAUCCUUCAUCCGGGACCGCGCUUCAAGAAAUCAGUUUCUGGCUCAAUCUGGAGCGCGCCCUUCACCGCAUACAGGAGAAACGCGAGAGUAUGGAGGUUUCGCUAACUUUGGACAUUUUGAAACAUGGCAAACGGUUUUUGGCCACAGUGUCGUUUGAUACCGACACCGGUCUUAAACAAGCGAUCGCCACUGUUAAUGAUUACAAUCCACUGAUGAAGGACUUUCCAAUAAAUCAUUUACUUUCCGCCACUGAACUGGAAAGAAUACGUGCAGCGGUCCAACUUAUUUUUGCUCAUUUGAGAAAGAUUCGUAGCACUAAAUAUCCCAUUCAACGUUGCUUACGACUCGUUGAGGCUAUUUCUAGGGAUUUGUGCGCCCAGCUUCUGAAGGUUUUGGGAACGCGUCGCUUAAUGCAUAUUCCCUUCGAAGAAUUUGAGAAAGUUAUGACGCACUGUUUUGAGGUGUUUUCUACUUGGGAGGAUGAAUACGAGAAAUUGCAAGCUUUGUUGAGGGAUAUUAUUAAGAAAAAAAGAGACGAACACAUGAAGAUGGUGUGGCGUGUCACAGCCCAACAUAAAAAACUUCAAGGUCGUAUGGAGCACAUGCGCAAAUUCCGAAGACAGCACGAACAGCUUCGCACUGUAAUAGUUAGAGUGCUUCGUCCAUCUGCCAGACAGGCUGCCGCCAUUGCAGAAGGGGAGGAGCUUGAGGUUAAUAAACAAGACACAUUUUCGCUGGAUGCUUCCGACGCAAAUGCGAUUGAAGAGGUGAAUGUCGCGUACGAAAAUGUGAAAGAAGUCGACUGCUUAGACAUCUCGAAAGAUGGCCAAGACGCGUGGGACGCCGCCGUUCAACGUUACGAAGAACGCAUCGACAGGGUCGAAACUCGAAUAACCGCGCAUCUCCGCGAUCAAUUGGGAACCGCUAAAAAUGCGAAUGAGAUGUUUAGAAUCUUUUCCAGAUUUAACGCCCUCUUUGUUCGGCCGCACAUUCGAGGGGCGAUACGCGAAUACCAAACGCAUUUAAUUCAACGGGUCAAGGAUGACAUAGAAUCCCUGCACGAGAAAUUCAAAGUGCAAUACCCUCAGAGCAACAGCGCCCGCAUAAGCAAAGUACGCGAUAUCCCUCCCGUUUCCGGUUCGAUCAUUUGGGCGCGUCAAAUCGACCAUCAACUCACAACUUACCUGCGCCGCGUGGAAGACGUCCUGGGCAAAGGAUGGGAAAACCACAUCGAGGGUCAAAAGUUGAAGGCAGAUGGCGACAGCUUUCGAAUUAAACUAAACACUCAAGAAAUAUUCGACGAGUGGGCCAGAAAUGUGCAACAACGAAAUUUGGGGGUGUCCGGUCGCAUUUUUACCAUUGAGGCGGUACGUUCCAGGAGUGGACGAGGAAAUGUGCUAAAGCUAAGGGUCAAUUUUCUUCCCGAGAUCAUAACCUUAGCGAAGGAGGUCCGAAAUUUGAAAUGUUUGGGUUUUCGAGUUCCGUUGGCCAUUGUCAAUAAGGCUCAUCAGGCCAAUCAGCUGUACCCGUUUGCGAUUUCGCUUAUCGAAAGCGUUAAGACUUAUGAAAUGACGCUAGAAAAGCUAGCGAAAGGAAAUAGUAUCCAAACUUCUAUAAAGAUCGAAGAUAAGGCGAGUAUAAUACCACUCGUGGCAGGCAUGCGGAAGGAAGUGCAGCUGUUGAUUGCCGAAGGAAUUCAACUUGUUUGGGAAAGUUACAAACUGGACCCUUACGUGCAACGACUUUCGGACGCGGUCGUCAGCUUUCAAGAGCGGGUGGAAGAAUUGGUUGUAAUAGGGGAGCAGUUAGAAGUUGAUGUUCGAUCACUCGAAACAUGUCCAUACUCCGCCAAUACGUUUGCAGAUAUUUUGGCAAAAAUUCAACAUGCUGUUGACGAUCUAUCCUUAAAGCAGUAUUCCAAUUUGCACAUUUGGGUCAGUCGCCUGGACGAAGAGGUCGAGAAGAAUUUGGCUCGCCGUCUACAGGCAGGCGUGCAAGCUUGGACGGACUCUCUAAACGGGAUCAAAAACGAAGUUGACCACAGCAUGGACACCGACGCGCCUACACAUCCAACGCACAAACCCGGCGGAGAUCCGCAAAUACAAACCCUCAUUCACGAAUUUAGAAUCACCAAUCAGACCAUGUACUUAUAUCCUAGCAUCGAGGAGGCUCGAUUCCAAAUAAUGCAGCAGCUGUUCGCGUGGCAAGCGAUCGUUAUGUCACAACAGAGAUUGCAAAGUAGCAGAUACCAGGUGGGCGUCGAUAAGCCCAUUACCGAGACGUACAGAAAUAUUUUAACCAAAUUCCCCGCGGGCGGUACACCUAUCGAGAACGCAUAUAAUGCGAUUGAUCAGAAAAUUAAAGAAGUGCAGAAGUACGUUAAAGAAUGGCUCAACUAUCAGUCUCUGUGGGAUCUUCAACCCGAUAAUCUUUACGGCUGUUUAGGAGAAGAUAUCAAUAAGUGGAUGGUGUGUCUUAAUGACAUCAAGAAAACGCGCACUACCUUUGAUACUUCAGACACAAGACGCCAAUUUGGUCCCAUCGCCAUCGACUUUGCAAAGGUGCAAAGCAAGGUCUCGUUAAAAUACGACUCUUGGCACAAGGAGGUGCUAAGCAAAUUCGGAACAUUACUAGGAAACGAAAUGUCCACAUUCCAUACUCAAGUAUCGAAAUCGCGCUCCGAAUUAGAAAUGCAGAGCAUCGAAGCAGCGAGUACAUCGGACGCAGUUAGUUUUAUUACGUAUGUUCAGUCUCUGAAACGUAGCAUGAUGGCUUGGGAAAAGCAAGUGGACACGUACAAAGAGGGCCAGCGCAUUUUAGAACGGCAGAGAUUCCAAUUCCCAUCCUCGUGGUUGCACGUGGAGAAUUUGGAAGGCGAGUGGGGUGCUUUUAAUGAAAUUAUUAAGCGAAAAGACUCAUCUAUACAGACGCAGGUUGCCAGCUUGCAGCAAAAGAUUGUGUCUGAAGACAAGGCGGUUGAAAGUCGUACCAACGAUUUCUUAAUCGAUUGGGAACGCAGCAAGCCCGUUGAGGGUUCUCUUAAGCCAGACGAAGCCUUGACUCACCUGCAAUUAUUCGAAAGCAAGUUUGCCAGACUGAAGGAAGAACGUGAUAAUGUUGCAAAGGCCAAGGAAGCUUUGGAAUUGCAAGAUCCAGGCGGAGUUAGUACAAGCGAAGACAAAAUGCAGGUAGUAUUUGAAGAACUGCAAGACUUGCGAGGGGUUUGGUCCGAAUUAUCUCGCAUUUGGACUCAAAUCGACGAAACAAGAGAAAAACCGUGGCUGUCUGUGCAACCUCGUAAAUUACGGCAGCAACUAGACGCGAUGUCGACCCAACUCAAAGAACUGCCAGCCAGGCUUCGUCAGUACGCCUCGUACGAAUACGUCAAGAAGCUCCUACAGAACUACACCAAGGUGAACAUGAUGAUCGUAGAACUAAAAUCGGACGCGUUAAAAGAGCGCCAUUGGAAGCAGCUGACCAAGCAGUUGCGCGUUAACUGGGUGCUAUCGGAUUUGACAUUGGGUCAAGUGUGGGAUGUUAACCUGCAGAAGAACGAAGCUAUUGUUAAGGACAUCAUUUUAAUAGCCCAAGGUGAAAUGGCGCUGGAAGAAUUCUUGAAGCAAGUGCGAGAGUCUUGGCAAAAUUACGAACUCGAUUUGAUCAAUUACCAAAAUAAGUGUCGAUUAAUAAGAGGGUGGGACGAUCUCUUCAACAAAGUUAAGGAGCACAUUAAUUCUGUAGCCGCCAUGAAGCUCUCUCCGUAUUACAAAGUUUUCGAAGAGGAAGCGCUGACGUGGGAGGAGAAACUGAAUCGUAUUAAUGCCCUGUUUGAUGUAUGGAUCGAUGUUCAAAGGCGGUGGGUGUAUUUGGAGGGAAUAUUUUCAGGAAGUGCAGAUAUUAAGACCUUAUUGCCAGUUGAAACGUCCAGAUUUCAGAGUAUUAGUUCUGAAUUUUUGGGUUUGAUGAAGAAGGUCGGCAAAUCUCCGAUGGUAAUGGACGUUUUAAAUAUACCGGGGGUACAGCGAGCCUUGGAACGGUUAGCCGAUUUGCUUGGCAAAAUUCAGAAGGCUUUGGGCGAAUAUUUGGAGCGAGAACGAACGUCAUUUCCUCGUUUCUAUUUCGUCGGCGACGAGGAUUUGUUGGAGAUAAUCGGAAACAGUAAAAAUGUCGCUCGAUUGCAGAAGCAUUUCAAAAAAAUGUUCGCCGGAAUCGCGUCCAUUUUGUUAAAUGAGGACAACACGGUUAUAACGGGCAUUUCAUCUCGUGAAGGGGAAGAAGUGCGGUUUGUGUCAUCUGUGUCUACAGUCGAGCAUCCUAAGAUAAACGAAUGGUUAACUAUGGUGGAGAAGGAGAUGCGUGUAACGCUGGCAUCUAGUUUGGCGCAAGCAGUUCAAGAUAUAAAGCAGUUUAAAGACUCCAUCGAUCAAAAACUAUUUAUCCAAUGGGUCGACAAAUAUCAAGCACAAAUUGUUGUUUUGGCAGCGCAAAUUCUUUGGAGCGAGGAUGUCGAAAACGCCUUACAAAAAAUGAACAGUGAGCCACAGAAAGGGCCCUUGGAGAAGGUGUUGACAAAUGUCGAAAAUACCCUCAACGUUUUAGCGGACUCAGUUUUGCAAGAGCAACCUGCGCUAAGACGAAAAAAACUGGAGCACUUGAUUAAUGAAUUUGUCCACAAACGAACAAUCACUCGGCGGUUAAUCACGAACGGCGUAUGCAGUAAUAAAGCCUUUGAGUGGCUGUGCGAAAUGCGAUUCUAUUUUGACCCUCGACAAACAGAAGUACUGAAACAGUUGACAAUUCACAUGGCGAAUGCUAGAUUCCAUUACGGUUUUGAAUACCUGGGAGUUCAGGAUAGACUGGUUCAAACUCCGCUAACUGACAGAUGUUACCUGACGAUGACGCAGGCGCUUGAAGCGCGACUCGGAGGCUCACCAUUUGGUCCUGCCGGUACCGGAAAGACAGAGUCGGUGAAAGCACUCGGACACCAGUUGGGACGAUUUGUCCUUGUCUUUAACUGCGAUGAGACAUUCGAUUUCCAAGCCAUGGGUCGAAUCUUCGUCGGAUUAUGUCAGGUGGGAGCAUGGGGCUGUUUUGACGAAUUUAAUCGUCUCGAGGAAAGAAUGCUCUCCGCUUGCUCGCAGCAAAUUCAAACCAUUCAGGAAGCUUUAAAGUCAGAAAAGGAGGCCAGUGCCGAGGGCGCUACUGGAGGAAAUUUGAGCGUGGAGCUGGUCGGAAAACAGGUUAAGGUGUCGCCGGAUAUGGCAAUAUUUAUCACUAUGAACCCCGGAUACGCGGGACGUUCUAAUCUACCCGAUAACUUGAAGAAAUUAUUCCGAUCGUUAGCCAUGACGACCCCGGAUCGUCAGCUGAUCGCAGAGGUCAUGUUAUUUUCGCAAGGUUUCCGUACCGCUGAAAAACUCGCGUGUAAGAUUGUGCCAUUUUUCAAGUUGUGCGACGAACAAUUAUCCAAUCAGUCUCACUAUGAUUUCGGUCUUCGUGCAUUGAAAUCUGUGUUAAUUUCUGCGGGAAAUGUGAAGAGAGAUCGAAUAAUGAGAAUCAAAGAGGGAAUGACCCAAAGGGGCGAGACCAAUAUCGACGAAGCUAGUAUUGCCGAAAAUUUACCGGAGCAGGAAAUUUUAAUUCAGUCCGUUUGUGAGACGAUGGUGCCGAAGCUCGUUGCUGAAGACAUACCGCUGCUGUUUUCGUUACUAAACGACGUUUUCCCUAAUGUUCAGUAUACUAGGGCGGAAAUGAAAGGAUUGAAAGAUCAAAUUAGAAAAGUGUGCCAGGAAGAAUAUUUGGUUUGUGGUGAAGGUGACGAACAAGGAGCGACUUGGAUGGGAAAGAAGUCUCUUGUUGGAGAAACAUGGAUUGAAAAGGUUCUGCAACUCUACCAGAUAUCGAACCUUAAUCACGGCUUGAUGAUGGUCGGCCCUAGUGGUUCAGGAAAAAGUUCCGCCUGGCGCGUUCUACUGAAAGCGCUCGAACGAUUUGAAGGUGUCGAAGGUGUGGCGCACGUUAUUGACCCCAAAGCUAUUAGUAAAGAGGCGUUGUAUGGUGUUUUGGAUCCGAACACUCGAGAAUGGACUGACGGUCUUUUUACACACAUUCUAAGAAAAAUCAUCGAUAACGUACGAGGGGAAAUAAAUAAGAGGCAGUGGAUAAUAUUCGACGGAGAUGUCGAUCCUGAAUGGGUGGAAAAUUUGAAUUCGGUGCUUGACGAUAACAAGCUGCUCACUUUACCGAACGGCGAACGUUUGUCCUUACCGCCAAACGUCAGGGUUAUGUUUGAGGUGCAAGAUUUGAAGUACGCAACAUUGGCCACUGUGUCUCGUUGCGGCAUGGUCUGGUUCUCUGAAGAUGUUCUGUCCACUGAAAUGAUAUUUGAGAAUUUCAUAUUGCGUUUAAGACACAUUCCACUAGAGGAAGGAGAUGACGAUGGAUUCAGUAAGAAGAUUGGGGAAUCUAAAGAUGAUAUUCUUUCACCCACACUUCAGAUUCAAACGGACGUGGUAAACAUUCUACAACCUUUCUUAGUUCCCGAUGGCUUAGUUGUGCGUUGCUUGGAAUAUGCAAUUGAGCAAGAACAUAUUAUGGACUUCACAAGACUUAGAGCAUUAAGUUCCUUAUUUUCAAUGUUAAAUCAAAGCGUUAGGAAUGUACUCCAGUAUAACCAUACACACCCCGAUUUUCCAUUACCCAAUGAACAAUUGGAGAAGUAUAUACCGAAAUGUUUGAUUAAUGGAGUAUUGUGGUGUUUCUCUGGAGAUUCAAAACUUAAAGUGCGUUCUGAUUUAGGAGACUUUAUACGUUCUGUCACCACAAUUCCUUUGCCACCCAAUAAUAUGUCAAUAAUUGAUUACGAAGUGAACAUAAAUGGAGAAUGGGUACCCUGGUCUAAUAAAGUACCUCAAAUCGAAGUGGAAACACAUAAGGUUGCUGCCCCCGAUAUUGUGGUACCGACAUUAGAUACUGUGAGACAUGAAGCUCUAUUGUAUACGUGGUUGGCCGAACACAAACCACUUGUUUUGUGUGGCCCUCCUGGAUCCGGUAAAACCAUGACAUUAUUCUCUGCUUUACGGGCCCUUCCUGACAUGGAGGUAGUCGGUUUGAAUUUCUCAUCCGCUACAACGCCAGAACUCUUAUUGAAAACAUUCGACCAUUAUUGCGAAUAUCGUAAAACACCGAACGGAGUUAUACUAUCCCCCGUCCAGCUGGGAAAAUGGCUGGUGAUAUUUUGCGAUGAAAUUAACUUACCGGACAUGGAUCAGUACGGCACGCAACGAGUGAUAAUGUUCUUGCGACAGCUCGUCGAGCAGAAAGGAUUUUACAGGGCUUCUGAUCAAACUUGGGUUACACUGGAACGUAUUCAGUUUGUCGGCGCGUGUAAUCCUCCCACAGAUCCAGGCCGAAAACCAUUGUCCCAUAGAUUUUUACGACACGUACCAGUUAUUUACGUCGAUUAUCCUGGAGAAACAUCUCUAAAGCAAAUCUAUGGCACAUUCACACGCGCCAUGUUGAGGUUAGCGCCCAACUUACGAGGUUACGCCGAACCGUUAACAAACGCAAUGGUGGAAUUCUACCUCUCCUCUCAGGACCGAUUCACACAAGACAUGCAACCUCACUAUGUCUACUCCCCUCGUGAAAUGACCCGUUGGGUUAGAGGCAUAUGCGAAGCCAUCAGGCCUUUGGAUAGUUUGUCAGUGGAAGGUUUAGUGCGUUUAUGGGCGCACGAAGCGCUGCGUUUGUUCCAGGAUAGGUUAGUUGAGGAAGUUGAAAGAAAGUGGACCAAUGAAAAUAUCGACGCAGUAGCUGCCAAGCAUUUCCCAUCGGUCAAUUCUGACAAAGCACUCAUUCGUCCGAUACUGUACAGUAAUUGGCUAUCGAAGAAUUAUAUUCCCGUUGAAAGGGAACACUUAAGGGAGUAUGUUCAAGCGAGAUUGAAAGUGUUCUAUGAAGAAGAGUUAGAUGUGCCUUUAGUAUUGUUUGAUGAGGUCUUAGAUCACGUGUUACGGAUCGAUAGGAUAUUUAGGCAGCCUCAAGGACACUUACUGUUGAUUGGGGUGUCGGGAGCAGGGAAAACCACACUUUCGCGAUUUGUAGCCUGGAUGAAUGGACUAUCGAUCUUCCAAAUCAAAGUACACAACAAAUACACUGCUGAAGACUUCGAUGAAGAUUUACGAUCGGUGCUUCGCCGAAGUGGUUGCAAAGACGAAAAAAUCGCAUUCAUUUUGGACGAAUCCAACAUGCUUGACUCCAGCUUUUUAGAGAGAAUGAAUACAUUGUUGGCCAAUGGAGAAGUUCCCGGAUUAUUUGAAGGAGACGAAUACACUACGCUUAUGACCCAAUGCAAAGAGGGCGCACAACGAGAAGGUUUAAUGUUAGACUCGAGCGAUGAGUUAUACAAGUGGUUCACCGGGCAAGUAAUGCGCAACUUGCAUGUCGUAUUCACAAUGAAUCCGUCGACAGAUGGACUAAAAGAUCGUGCCGCAACGUCCCCUGCAUUGUUUAAUAGGUGUGUGCUGAACUGGUUUGGAGACUGGUCCGAUGGAGCGCUUUUCCAAGUCGGUAAAGAGUUUACAAACCGUGUUGACUUGGAUAAACCAGCUUGGAAAGCGGCCGACUUCUUCCCGGCAGCUUGCAAUCUUCUACCAACAUCUCCAUCUCAUAGAGAGGCCGUAAUUAACGCCUGCGUGUACGUACAUCAAACAUUACACAAGGCCAACUCACGACUGGUUAAGAGAGGCAGCCGAACCAUGGCAAUUACACCAAGACAUUAUCUCGACUUUAUUCAUCACUUUGUCAAGUUGCAUAACGAAAAAAGAUCAGAUCUAGAAGAACAGCAGCUACAUCUAAACGUCGGUCUGAGCAAGAUCGCCGAAACUGUCGAGCAAGUUGAGGAAAUGCAAAAGAGUUUGGCUGUCAAAUCGAGGGAACUGGAAGCGAAGAACGAUGCGGCCAACUUGAAGUUGAAACAGAUGGUAAAGGAUCAGCAGGAGGCAGAGAAAAAGAAAAUGCAAAGUCAAGAAAUACAGCAACAGUUAGCCGAACAAACCGUUCAUAUUGAACAGAAACGUAAAGAGGUAAUGGCGGAUCUUGCUUUGGUUGAACCUGCCGUUAUCGAUGCACAGAAUGCUGUAAAAUCAAUUAAGAAACAGCAGUUGGUCGAAAUUAGGACUAUGGGCAAUCCACCUGCUAGUGUAAAGUUGGCUUUAGAAUCCAUUUGUCUACUGCUUGGGGAAAACGCGACUGAUUGGAAGGCUAUUCGGGCUGUGAUUGUUAGAGAUAAUUUUAUUAAUAUGAUUGUCUCAAAUUUCUCCACAGAGGACAUUACGGACGACGUGAGAGAUCGAAUGAGAACGAAAUACCUUAACAAUCCAGACUACAAUUUUGAAAAAAUAAACCACGCCAGUAAUGCAUGCGGUCCUUUAGUAAAAUGGGCAAUUGCACAGAUUCAAUACGCUGACAUGCUGAAAAAAGUCGAACCACUGAGAGAGGAACUGAACUCCCUCGAAAAUCAAGCUGACGAAAAUAAGAAGCACGGAGAGGAGGUGAAGAAUCUCAUUAGCCAAUUGGAACAUAGCAUUGCCGCCUAUAAGGAAGAGUACGCGCAACUCAUCGCGCAGGCGCAGGCCAUUAAGACGGAUCUAGAGAAUGUCCAAGCGAAAGUUGAUAGGUCGAUUGCAUUGUUGAAGUCGCUCAAUAUCGAGAGGGAGAGAUGGGAAGCUACAAGUGAAACAUUUAGGUCACAAAUGUCGACAAUUAUAGGUGAUGUUCUACUGUCAUCUGCCUUCAUAGCGUAUGGAGGAUACUUUGAUCAACAUUAUCGGCAAAAUCUAUUCAGCACAUGGAGUCAGCACUUGGCCCAGGCAGGUAUACAAUUCAGACCCGACAUUGCGCGUACAGAAUAUCUGUCACAUCCCGACGAGCGCCUUCGUUGGCAGGCCAAUGCCCUACCUACAGAUGAUUUGUGUACUGAGAAUGCUAUAAUGUUAAAGCGUUUCAACCGUUACCCGUUGAUUAUUGACCCUUCGGGGCAGGCUACAGAAUUUAUAAUGAACGAAUUUAAGAGUAAAAAGAUUACAAAAACCAGCUUUUUGGAUGACUCCUUCCGGAAAAAUUUGGAAUCUGCCUUACGGUUUGGUAACCCCUUGCUUGUGCAAGAUGUUGAAAAUUAUGAUCCAAUUUUGAACCCGGUGCUAAAUAAAGAGCUGCGACGUACGGGUGGCCGCGUACUGAUCACCUUAGGCGAUCAGGAUAUUGAUUUGUCACCAUCGUUCGUGAUAUUCCUUUCGACGCGAGAUCCCACUGUCGAAUUUCCACCUGAUAUUUGUUCGCGUGUUACAUUUGUCAAUUUCACAGUCACCAGAAGUUCGUUACAGAGUCAGUGUUUGAACCAGGUUUUGAAAGCCGAAAGACCCGACAUUGACGAGAAGAAUUCUGAUUUGCUCAAAUUACAAGGCGAAUUUAAUCUUCGGUUAAGGCAGUUGGAGAAGUCGCUUUUGCAAGCACUUAAUGAUGCAAAGGGUAAAAUUUUGGAUGACGAUAGUGUUAUCACCACGCUGGAAACUCUGAAACAAGAAGCAGCCGAGGUCGGUAAGAAGGUGGAAGAAACCGAUCAAGUGAUUUCGGAAAUUGCGAAUGUUUCACAUCAAUACCUUCCAUUGUCUCAGGCGUGUAGUAAUAUGUACUUCACAAUGGACAGUUUAAAUCAAGUACAUUUCUUGUAUCAAUAUUCGCUUCAAAUGUUUUUGGACAUGUUCAGCAGUGUUCUGUUGAGUAAUCCUCAUCUUCAAGGUAUAAGUGACUAUCAAGCGAGAUUAAACGUUAUAACAUUCGAUCUGUUUGCGGUGUGCUAUGAAAGAGUAGCGAGAGGGAUGUUGCACACUGACCGUGUGACAUUCGCCCUUCUCCUCUGUCGCAUCCAACUGAAGGGUGCACUAAACGAACCUAACCUAGAUGAAGAAUUUAAUUUCUUCUUACGUGGAAAGGAGGGUGUGGUGGACAUGUCACGUGUGGCUAACACCAUCAAUUUGACGCAAGAACAGCACGAAGCCUUGGCCAGGCUUUCCUCACGACUUCCCGCCUUUAAGAAACUGGUCGCAAAUAUCAAUGAAAUGCCAGAAUUUACGGCCUGGCUGCAGCAGGGAACUCCCGAGCAGAAUGUACCGCGAUUGUGGAUGGAAGAAAAACCGCUUAGUCUCAUUGGGUCGUCCAUGUACCAGCUGCUGCUCAUUCAAGCGUUCCGGCCAGAUCGCGUAAUCGCGGCUGCGCAACUUUUUGUCGCGUCCGUUUUGGGCGAUGAGUUUAUGCCGAACGCAGAGAAAGAGCUGGAUUUCGCUGCCUGCGUCGAGAAAGAAUUGCGAGCUAGUGUUCCCGCGCUCUUGUGUUCGGUUCCAGGCUUUGACGCAUCGGGACGCGUUGAUGAUCUCGCCGCCGAAUUGAACAAGCAAAUAUCCAGCAUCGCAAUUGGUUCGGCCGAAGGCUUUAACCAAGCAGAUAGAGCUAUUAAUAUGGCUUGCAAGACGGGCAAAUGGGUGUUGCUAAAGAAUGUGCAUUUAGCUCCUCAGUGGCUUGUUCAAUUGGAAAAGAAAUUACAUUCCCUACAACCGCACUCCGGAUUUAGAUUAUUCUUGACAAUGGAAAUCAAUCCUAAAGUACCUGUUAAUUUGCUUAGAGCCGGCAGAAUCUUCGUUUUUGAACCACCUCCGGGUAUUCGAGCAAACCUACUGAGGACAUUUAGCACUGUUCCUGCGAGUAGAAUGAUGAGAGCUCCUAGCGAACGGGCUCGGUUAUACUUCUUACUGGCAUGGUUCCACGCGAUCGUUCAGGAACGACUCCGUUACACACCUUUAGGUUGGGCAAAGCAUUACGAAUUUAAUGAGUCUGAUCUGCGAGUUGCAUGUGAUACUCUCGAUACAUGGAUUGAGACAACUGCAAUGGGCCGUACCAAUUUACCCCCAGAAAAAGUACCAUGGGAGGCCUUAGUAACCCUACUUUCACAAUCGAUCUACGGCGGAAAAAUCGAUAACGACUUCGAUCAAAGACUUCUACACUCCUUCUUAAUGAAAUUAUUCACCCCAAGAAGUUUCGAAUCCGACUUUGCGCUAGUUGCAAAUGUCGACGGCGGUCCGGGCGGUAACCGUCACAUUAUCAUGCCCGAUGGUACACGCAGAGAUCAUUUCUUGAAAUGGGUCGAGACACUAGCUGACAGACAGACACCCGCAUGGCUCGGUUUGCCGAAUAAUGCAGAGAAAGUGUUGUUAACCACCAGAGGAACCGAUUUGGUUGGGAAACUUCUUAAAAUGCAGCAGCUAGAAGACGACGAUGAGUUGGCUUACUCCGAAGAGGUCUCCCCGACAAGCCCUGACCAAAUAGAUGGGCGACCGUCGUGGAUGAAAACACUGCAUAAUUCCGCCGAAACUUGGCUACAACUUUUGCCUAAAUCUCUACAGACUCUCAGGCGUACCAUUGAGAAUAUCAAAGAUCCAUUGUACCGAUACUUCGAAAGGGAAGUUAAUUGCGGCGCUAAACUACUGCAAGACGUCAUUCAUGAUCUAAACGAUGUUGUUUUAAUUUGUCGGGGAAUUAAGAAACAAACAAAUUACCAUCGAACAAUGCUAUCCGAAUUAGUCAGAGGAAUAUUGCCAGCAAAUUGGAGACGAUACACGGUCCCACGAGGAUGUACAGUGAUUCAGUGGAUCACUGACUUUAGCCAAAGAGUAAAACAAUUGCAACAAGUGUCUCAUCUAGUAUCGACUGCUGGUGCUAAAGAAUUACAGAGUCUACCUGUGUGGCUUGGAGGUCUACUCAAUCCUGAAGCGUACAUUACUGCAACACGUCAAUGCAUAGCCCAGGCUAACAGCUGGUCUUUAGAAGAAUUAGUUCUGGAGGUAACAAUUACAGACUCGUCCGAUAAAAAUAGCAUUCCUACCGACUGCUUCGCUGUGACGGGUAUCAAACUGCAGGGGGCGCAGUGUAAAAAUAAUCAGUUGCUGCUAACUUCAAGCAUAAUGGUUGAUCUACCGCUAACAUUGUUACGGUGGAUUCACAUUACAGGCGAAGAAAAACUAUCCGACAGUCGCCUCUCGUUACCAGUCUACUUAAACUCCACACGUACUGAACUGUUGUUUACAGUUGAUUUAACUAUCGCACCAGGUCAAGAUCCACAUAGCUUUUAUGAACGCGGUGUUGCUUUACUUACUUCUACUGCUCUCAAUUAAGUAUUAAAAAGCUGAAUUUAAGCCAACUUAGUACAUAGCAGGAUAUGUUAUUUUUUUGGUUAUUUAUUGUAUUUAUUGUAUAUUCACUUAUAUGAUGCUUUAUUGCUUUUUUUUAUAAAACUGUUCAAUAUACUUAUUAAUGAAGAGGUAGCA